AGCAAAAAAUCCCAAGACUUUAGAACUAAAUAAUUGAGAGAGAGACGAGAACUUCUUUUUGUUGAGCCUAUAAAUCUUAACCAAUAUUCUUAAUUGCAAGGUUUAAGAAAAAGACAAGCUUUGGUGUUUUAAGUAUAAUUUUAUAUUGCGCAGGAUUCUUGAUUUUGCUUAUGGAGAUUGCAAGCAUCAGAAGUUUAUCAGAUCUGGCAAUGGAUGAGAGUGGUCUUGUUCACCAGUGGCCUGUAAAUUCAUUCGACGAUCUCAGCACUAUGUCGAUUUGUACUGCAUUUGGUGAAGAUUUUUAUCAGUCUUUCUCUCAACCAACAUUGAAUUUCAAAAGGGCUGCAGAUUUUUCUCAAUAUGGGUUCGAAAGGACCCCAAAACAGCUCAAAACAAACACUUGGCCUAAUCCCUCUAACAAUCUCAACUCAAUGAAUUCGUGUUUCACCAAUCAAUUAGAAAUGGCGAAUCCUAAAGAGGAGACAUGGUCUUCUUCUAGUACUCUAAAUUUCUCCAAUGAUUCAGUUGUUUCUCAAGCUAAAAAUUACACGCUCAAGGCUUGUCCAGGAAAUAAAAGAAUUAGCACAAAUGAUAGAUAUUCUCAUGGACAGGAUCAUGUUAUAGCUGAGAGGAAGAGGAGAGAAAAACUCAGCCAGAGAUUCAUUGCUUUGUCCGCCCUAGUACCUGGAUUGAAAAAGAUGGACAAGGCAUCGGUUCUUGGAGAUGCAAUUAAGUACAUUAAAGUACUCCAAGAUCGAGUGAAGACUCUUGAGGAGCAAACCAGGAAGAAAUCCAUGGAGUCAGUGGUUUUUGUCAAGAAAUAUGAGAUUUAUACUGGCAAUGAAAAUUCUCCCUCGGACGAAAACUUUAUUGAUGAGCCACUCCCAGAAAUUGAAGCGAGAUUUUCUGAUAAUAAAGAUGUCCUCGUAAGAAUCCACUGUGAGAAAAGGAAAGGAAUUCUUGAAAAAACAGUAGCUGAAAUUGAGAAGCUCCAUCUAUCAGUUGUUAAUAGCAGUUCACUGACUUUUGGAGAUUCUGCUCUCGAUAUAACUGUAAUUGCAAAGAUGGAUGAAGUAUACAACAUGUCAUCAAAGGAUUUUCUGAAGAAUUUACGUGCAGCGCUUAAAACGUUCAUCUGAAUCGAUGAAGUUCCUUGUUGAACACACAGUUAAACUUUGUUUUGCCAAUUAUCUGGCUACCAAAAGCCUGUGUUGGACAUCCACCAUUUCAAACCAUUUUUUGAAGCUUAUUUUGCUGUGGGGUUCAUUUUGGAGGGUUUUUUUCCUAAUUUUUUUCAUGGCUGAUUAUUGUUAAUUUGCCAUGUUUUUGACCUUCCUCUUUGUAAAAAUAAAAUAAAAUUGACCCUAUAGCUUUGUUUGGCUUUUUAAUGUUUUUUUCUUCUUCUGGUAGAUGAAUAAACAGGAAUUUGUAGCAGAAAUUGAGUUUACUGAUCAGUGUUUUAGAGGUCUUUAAGAAUGUUUUAUGUUCUUAGAAUCUUAGUUAUGGCCUCUUUGUAAUGUCCUCGUUUGUUUGUAUUGUAAUAAUAAAAUCAUGUUUGUCUUGUAUUUA